AUGUUGGACAGAACUUAUCUUUUCUUCGUAUUGCCUUUAGUCCUGGCAAUAAAGGCAGAAGAAAGUGGUACAUUUUUUACCGUCGAAGAGAAUGAAUUUCUUCUGAAUGAAAAGGUUUUUUUGAGGAUUAAAGGACAGUCUUUAUUUUCUUGUUCUCAAAUAUGCGCGAGGCGGUCGGGUUGUAAAGGUGCAAACUUUGUUAGGGAAAAAGCAGAGGAAGGAAUAUGUUUACUUCUUAGUGAACUACAAACAGAACAUCCAGAUUUGACUCAGAAGUGGCAAGGGUCUUUUUAUUUAAAAAAGGUAGGAAAUCAUUUUGAUAAUCCACCUAUUCUUGGACAGUUGAAUUUCCAAUUUAUCUCAGGCAUGCCAAUCAAGCAAUGAGCUUCGAACAAGCUCUUCAUUUGGGUCAUGUCGUGAGAGGUCGGCCAACCAUCCUGGUCACGGCUUUCCCGCUCGCUCACGUAUAACAUUCGCUGCUCGCCUCGCUCGCUUUUCGAAAUGCAGAGCUUGCUGGCAUGCAGGUUAAUAAAGUAAUUUGUCCUGACUGUGAUUUUUUAAAUUUAUUUUUACAGUUGUAUGUUGGUCGUCCUAAAGACGGUAAGUAAGCAUUAGUCUGGCCCUGCCUUUUUCUGGUUCAUGAUCGUUCAAUUGUUUUUCGUUGCAUGUUGCGAGUUGUUUGGUGCGAGUGACUUUUCUUCAUGUGAUACGAAUUAUUUGUUCUUCGCCCUUAUGACAUGGCAACAGGCACAACAGGCAUGUUUAACACCACUUUGUUAUUACUGAGCUUAACAUUACUUAGUGUACGAUCUACAAAAGUUAGGCCCCUCACUGAAAAGUUAAAACAUGCAUCUCGUUGAAACGUUUUAAGGAGACCAAACCCUUCCAAACCUUUACGUUUCAAAAACUAUUUUUGUCUUUUACAUUUAAAUCUGAAAAUAUCUUACGUUUUUAGGAGAAGAAGGAAUCUUUUCUAUCCACUCAGAAUUCCAACCGAAAAGUGCUUGCUUCAAAUGGUUUAUAACUUCUUGCUGUGUGCCUCGAUUGGCGGUCCGGAUUACUUUGCCACUCGAAAGUUCCUCGAGGAAAUAUUUUGGGAGUCAUGUAUUAAAUAAGGCGUUUAUUGACCAGGAAAUCUUGAUGUUUUAUUUUGUAGGUCCAGCCAUAGAUACUACCCAUCCGACUGCCAAUUACAACUCGUGCCAAGCUAUCCUCGACCAUAAUAACCAUGCCCUCUCGGGAGUUUAUCAGAUUGAUCUUGACGGAGGUACUCAGGACAACGCGUUCAGAGUCUAUUGUGAUAUGGACACUGAAGGAGGAGGCUGGACUCUAGUCUGGAGCUAUACUUUCACAGAUUACGAUAAUUUUGAUGAUUAUUCAAAUGCGGUCACUCCCAGACCAAACUGGCCAGCAAAUUCCGAAGUUGAUGUCCCGGUGUCGUUCACUCCACCACAGAGUGAAAAAGAUUACAAUGCUUUAAACUUUUCGAUGUGGAAACAACUUGGAAAACAAGUCCUGAUAAAGAGCAACAUAAACAAUUGGCUGAUGUGUCAACCAGGAACAGGAAGUUUGGUUGAUUGGAAAACCGGAAGUGUAAGCUGCCAGGUGAUCAAAAGAGUGACCACUAAAUGUCAAAGUACUCUGGGACCAACUAAUGUCUGGAUAAGUGAAUCGGACAAUAACUAUGGUCCAAUGUAUCUUACCUCCGGCAAGUCCGGGAUUUACUAUUAUUUCGAUGGCUCCCAAAGUAAGGACUGGCCAAUACAUGACCCUUGCGCCCAAAACCAGGAAAACAAUUUGAGAAAUGUUAAUUCUCCUCGUGGAAAUAUUUUUAUCCGCUAA